GGGGAGCCUGUCUCCAGCAGCUAGCUUUUCUUGCUUUGGAGUUUUUUCCAGGAAAGACAGGACCCAGAGGCCCCACAGGGGAACAGCCCCCUGACCUUCCAGCCAAGCAGCACUGAUAAGUAGCAGGCCCCGUGCCCGGAGACCCACGGACAAGCCCCUGCGGCAGCGAUUCCCAUAGAAAUUAGUUAAGCAAUCCUGUCCCUGGGGCUCACGGCCCAGCUCCGGGUGUGAGCCUCUGACAGACACCGUCCUCCACAGCCGCAGUCAUGGCCAACAGGACCGACGCCUCUGUCCCGCUCACCAGCUAUGAGUAUUACCUGGACUACAUAGACCCCAUUCCUGUGGACGAGAAGAAGCUGAAAGCCAGCAAGCAUUCCAUCGUCAUAGCCUUGUGGUUGAGCCUGGCUACGUUCGUGGUGCUCCUCUUCCUCAUUCUGCUCUACAUGUCCUGGUCAGGCUCCCCGCAGAUGAGGCACAGUCCCCAACCCCACCAAAUACGUCCAUGGAGUUGUGGCUUCAACCUCCCCCUGUGCCUCCGGAGGGCCUCCCUGCAGACGACAGAGGGGCCAGGAAGUAGAGCUGGCGCUGACCAAUGGUUACAGCAGCAGAGUCCUUCUGCCUUGGCCCCGGGGCCCCUGGGUCUCCCCUAGGACCAGGUUCAGGAUGGGGGUCCCAGAACAUCAGCUGACCUCACGCACAGCAGUGAUGAGCCUGGAGUCAGAACUUCCCAACUGUAGAACUGAUGGUGCCGGAGAGCUGGUUGUGCUCAAGCAAACCAGUGAACUCAAACCAACCCUGACAGCUACAUCUUCUCAAGGCCUUUUAGAACAGCCUUAAUGUAGCAGCAAACAUCUGGCUAGUCCGGCUAGGGCGGAGGCUGCCCUAGACACAGCUGACUCCGUGGAGCGUCCGUAGCCUGCUUGCUGCUCACACGUGCUUUGGGAUGCAUAGGAAAAUAAACGGUGGACUGGGAUAAAGAAACCGUUGCUUUCCUGUCGCCCUUCUGUCUGAGCACCCUGGGUGUACACGCUCCCACAAGGACACCAGGGAAACUUGCAGGCCUCCCAGGGGCACCCUCCUGGGUCAGCUCCUCUGGGUCAUAGCUCCC